AUGAACGAUCUGAACGAUUCCAACUGGCUCUGCAAUUUCGUGGUAGACUGCCGUCUUCCUGAAACUAUAAAGGUUGUCGACGGGUACGAAUCUCUUGAUUCAGAGCAAUUAUCGUGGUGUCAAGACGAUAUUGUUAACUUGCAUACUUUAAAGGAAGAGUCUCGAAUCAUAGCCCGAGAUGUGAAUGGAAAUCACUUUUCGAUCCCUUUGACUUAUACUGGCAAAAUAUUCGAGAUUAUUCCAAUGGGAUGCGCUGACCGAUACGAAACGGUCGAAGAGCUUCUGGUUCCCUUUCCAAAGUAUGUUCGAUCGCUACGAGAUAUACCAAAAAGUGAUGUGGCUGUUGGAGGCAUAAUUGAACUCCUAGAAGCAUCGCAGAACGGCCGAGGUCACAAGCAAAUUAAGUGCAGAGUGAUGGGAAGCACUCGCACUAUACUUCUUUCCAGUAACCAGUUGGGACCUUUUGAGACUCUCCGAAAUGCUUCUCCAAUAUGCAUUAAAGAUGUACUAACUCAAACUCCCCUUCCAACCAGGGUACGAGUCUUAACAGGCAAAGCUAAAGCGUUCAAUGAAUGUAAUACAAAUCCGCUUGUGCCGUUCGAAGGAUUGUUUGUUCUGGAGCAAGCAGUGAAGCAAAAAAUUCUAAUUGUUUCAACCUUGGUGGAGAAACAGUUGCGAAUUUUGAAGAUGCCAAUCGACCUAGAAAUAACGGUUAAAAGAGCGAAGUUAAAUAUUCGCCCAAACGUAUUCUCCCAAAUUUGUCAUUUAAUCGAAAGUGAAGUUAAUAUAAAUUCUACAAUCACAUGCGGCAGCACUGGAGACGCGUCUUGGUACUUUGACAACAUCAGCGAUGACUUGUACGGAAAGCUGGAAAGUGAUAACAACGAACUCUAUGAAGAAUUACGGCCGCUUCUUCCACCUCGAACGCCGCCUCCAACUUCAUUAUCAGGUGGGUUGCCCUCGAAGCGAAAUGGUAUAAACAACAAAAAGGCUGAAGCUCGCUAUGCUCCACCUCCCAAGCCAAAACUGUUGGGGAAGCCCUCUGCGCCAGCCGUUCAAACGCAUGGCAACAUCAUGCUGGCUGCUCCUCCUCCUCCAGCUGCAAAAAAGCCUAUGCAGCCCACCUCGCUAAAGCCACCGCGGCCAGAAACUAUUACUGCUAAGAGAAACACUCCUGGUCAAUGUGUUUCACAGUCUGGGCGAGAACCCGAUAGUGCACCAAGGCAUGAAGCAGGAAGCCCAAAGGCUCCCGGUGCUGAAAAGAUGGCAGUUCAAAGACACGGAAAAGAAUUCAUGGCAAGACUACUGGAGAAGGUAGAUACUAAAAUGAAUGCGAAUCUAGAAGAGCAAGAGGGUCGCGAAGAUACAUAUGACACGAUAUCCGAAGUUUUGUCAAAGCAGCAGUCAGGUCCAGUCAGCGGAGACACGCUCGCCAAAGCCAGUCCCCAUCACAUAGCUUCACAACAACAAGACGACCCUGCAGCAGAAUUUCGAAAAAUUUUGCAAAACCUAUCAGUAUCUGAGGUCAGCGAGUGGUUGAUAAAGCUGGGAUUAAAUCAGUAUGUGAAAUUAUUCGUUAAAGAGGUCGUAGAUGGGACAAUGUUACUGGAGAUGGAUGACGAAAUGAUGCAGUGUAUUGGAAUUAACAACGCUCUUCACAGAAAGAAACUCCUCAUGUUCAUUCAGCGCGGUUGGACUCCGAAGCGAAAUUAAGAUGAUUUGUUUUGCUGAUAUAUUUUGCUGCAUUUUCUGAUUGUGAGCAUUUGAACUCCUAUAUUAACAUUUAUUUCUGUUAUUAUAGUUUUUAAUAAUAAUUUGAGUCGGUUGCCAGAUUUUCAGUUUAGAGUAAUUCCUCAAAUCUUGAGCCUCCCGCGAAGGCGGAAGCGUUUUUGCGGAAAGAAAAUAUAUAAAACAUAUUCAGCUCUACGUUUUCAUGAGCAUUAAAGGCUGACAGAGAGAGUUUUUGAAAACUUAAAUUUAGGUCCUCACAAACGACCGACGAAUAUAUAUAGACUUGUUGUUUUAUUGUAAAUAGUAUAUAUAAUAUAAAUACCAGAAGUACAAUGUUUUAUCAACUGAAGAUUUGACUAGGCAUUUUGUUACUCUGAUCUAUGGAUUCGUAAUCGUGUAGGCAUUUUAUUACUAUAUAGUUUGGUACUAGUCAAAUCUUCAGUUGAUAGAACAUUGUACUUCUGGUACUCUCGCUCUAGUCCUUCUAUUGAGAUUAUUAAUAUAUCUUGAAUAGUCACUCGAAUGAAGUGUGAAUUAAUACUGGCAAAUAUUCCUUGAGAGAGCAAAUGCACUUCCAACAAUAUGAUCGUAAGGUUAUUUGGAUACUGAUAUGCAGAAAACACUAUUUUCGUAGCUUAAAAUAACACUUCAAGUUUAUCCUGUAAUUAACAUUGCAUUCUAACUCUUAUCUUGUGUGAAGAGACCAUUUUGUAAAUAGUUUCGCCAAAAUUAACUUAAAGAUGAGGAUUAUUGGUCAGUGCCCCAGGAAACUACCUUUUGUUACACAAUACCACCCGAGUUUAGCCUUAAGAAAAUACUAUAGUAAGGAAAUCGCAUCCUAUACAAAACCACAAACGACUAAGAUAAAUCUUUAUAAGGAGCCUCCCUUCAUAUCACAUCGCAAGGGAAAAUCCCUUAAGGGCCUAUUAGUUAGAGCGAAGCUCUAAAGGUCAGAUAACUUCCUUUACGACUAAGUGCAAGAGUCGUGUGUUGCCCGUCGCCAAUUUUUAAACUAUAGUUUCGGCAAAAACUUCCAUCAACAAGCUGUCAUUUCUAACCAAUUGCCAGCAAAUUUUCCUUACCGUACGAUAUUUCCCAGCCAGCAUAAUAUUGUCCGCGGAACGCGGGGAUUUUGAAUAUCGGCUCUGAUAUCGAACCUACUCUCUAAUAACAGCACUAUUGUUUCACUUGAGGGUGAAAUGUAAGUAAUCUGUUUUGAUCGAGUUUGUUCUCUUAGAAUGAAUACUCUUCGGUAGUAUCAUGUCUUACAACUCAAAACAUUUUGUUUAUCAUUUCUUUAGGUCGGCCACUGAAGAUUUUUAUUCUUUUUCCUGUUUUGAGGCUGAAAUGAGAUAUUCGAAUUCACGCAAACGUCACCAAGGAACUGAUCAAAGACAAAAAAAAUCGUCAUGUAACAAGGAAAAUGUAAUGUGAUGGAAUUCUUGUUGCCACAAUUUUAAAGGUCUCAGUUAUAAAAUGCUAUGUAUACUGUACCCAGUUACACACGGUCCAACAUUUAGUCAACAAAUGUUGCUGCCUUCGUUUGUUUGUUUGUUUUUUUUUUCAAGUUUUAACUUGUGAUCGACGGGAAAGAGCCCUUCAUUGCUGUUCCUGCCAGUGUCCCC